AUGGCGGCCGGAGCCGAGCCGGGAUAUUGGGAUGAAGAGACCCAGAUCAAUGAGGGGAACCAGCUCGUGGCUGCCACAGCCCUGGAGAUACUGCAGGGCCGGUACAACCAGAGCAGAGGUCUUCACACGGUGCAGCGGCUUUAUGGCUGUGACCUCCUGUCCGACGGGAGUGUCCGUGGAUCCUAUCGGCACGGCUACGAUGGGCGGGAUUUCAUCUCCUUCGAGCUGGGAUCCGGGAGCUUUGUGGCGGCCGAUGGAGCUGCCCAGAUCACCAAGAGGAAAUGGGAACACGAUGGGAUUGUGGUGGAGAACAUGAUGAAUUACUUGGAGCACACGUGCCUGGAAGUGCUCCAGAAACACAUCGGAUACGGGCAGGCGGCGCUGGAGCGCAAGGAUCCCCCUGAUGUCCACGUGUCCGGGAAAGAGGAACACGGGAUCCUGACGUUGUCCUGCCGCGCGUACGGAUUCUACCCUGGGAUGAUCGGGAUCAACUGGCUGAAGGGGGAUGAACUGCGGGAUCAGGAGACGGAGUGGGGCGAGAUCGUUCCCAACAGCGACGGCACCUUCCACAGCUGGGCCAGGAUCGAGGCGCUG